GGUCGUAAUUUUUAUAGACUGUUUCAUCUUUAAUAGUAACUUGCGCCGUGCAUUAAGUCUUUUCCAGAGCGGGAAAAUGAUACUUAACCCUCGCGCAUGCGCCAAAUUUCCGAUAGUGUCCGUCAGGUUUUUAUUAUGUUGUAUCGUCUGCUAUUUAAUUGAAUCGGGGCUUCUCGGUAAUGUACGUAAUAUCACGGAUAUUAACGGAAGUUUCCGAGGCAAUUCAUCCAUGUGUUUGUCCGUGCAGUUUUGUGAACACUUGUCAUGUUUGUCCAAUCGUCUUGUUUGUCUUACAUGAUUGAAUGAGAGAUAGAAUGAGAGAAAGAUAUACAUUGGUCUGUUCUUUUUAUCCUCUUUGCACUUUUCACCGCCAAAAUCCUUCGGCCCUCAGUGCAGUCUUUCUUCUCUUACGAGUAAGAUGGGAAAACAUUAAAGUAGAAUUCAAAUUAUUUUGAAUUUAUCUGAUAAUCCUCAGUUAAUUCACCAGACGCUGUGGCUUUUUAUGUAACGGAAUAAUAAAGAGAGUAGAACCUACGCCGGGAUUGCUAAUAUAUUUAGCCCUGUGACAUUGGUGGCCAGUGUGGCUUCCGUCGGCCACAGUGUUUGGACGACAGGAGAUCGUCGGGGAUCAGACAUCGGCAGGACGUCGAUCCGUCAAAGUAGGAGAGGACUUUAGUUUUUGGGGAGGAAAGGAUUUGAGGAUUGUUGUGUUAGAGGAGGAUUUAAGAUCUGUGAGGAAAUAUAGGAUGUAGAUCGAACGUUUUUCAUAGGAUCUAAAAUCGGAGAAAGUUAGGAUCGGAGAGUUAUUGUGGAUAGGCCUAUUAGACAUCUAUCUUCAUGAUAUUCCAGGAUCCAAAGGUAUUGUCUUAAAAUCUGAUGCAUCAGUUUUAUUAAAAAGCUAACUAGCACAACUUUUCAACGUUUUUGUAAGUGUGCGCACACAAAGUUUGAAAUUUCUACGGAAUUUACGUUCCAUAGUGUAAUUUACACGACGUGAAAUUAUUACGAGGACCGGAGUGACUCAUCGCCAUUGGAAUGCGGAAGAAGUGGAAUUCUGAACUUUUAUUAGAUAUUUUCAGGUAACUCCUGGAAAAUAUCAAUUUGACUAGAUUAUUUUAUAUUGUGACAUUAUGUUUUGUGAUUGUGCUUAGUGUAAGUGUUUAGAUUUGUGUAUUUAGUCUUAAAAUUUUCUUGCGUGUCAUAGAUUUUCGCGAAUGUUUGUGUUUUGAAUUUUUUGCAAAGUGAAAAUCAAUUAGAUAUUUUGUGUAUAUUACUAGUUACUUAAGAGUAUCAAUAUAUAUUCUUGGUAUUUUUGAAAUCACACAGCGUCUUAGGGAAAUUUUGACUAUUUUUGUCUGAAUUUUUUUUGAAACCUUAGGAGUGUUUAUUUACUGAGUUAUCCCAAUCUUUGGCCUGAUUUAUUCUUGCCCAUCUUUUGAGCACUCUUUCUGUACCAUACUGUUUGCACAAAUUCUUUGCACUGCACAUAAUCUCAUAGAUGUAUGAUUGAGAAGAGGAGCGAAAGAGGUAAGUGAUACAUGUUACGUGUUGUGAUGUCAAUUUUGUGUUUCAGUUUGUGUUCACGUUAAUAUUAUUAGCAGACAAUCGUGUAAGAUAUAUAUAUUAUCCGUACAAUAAGUUUGGCAUUACGGUAUAGCGUGCGUUUGAUUUUUUUGAGCUUUGAAGUAUUAUUACGUACAAACCGGAAAUACUUAAGGAAAUAAAAGUACUGUAGUUAAGAAAGUACUGUAGAUAGUAGGAAUUAGUGGUAGAGUACCCUACUGAGUAUAGUGUACCCUACUUUGAGAAUUAUCAAAAUUAAGUGAGUGUUUUUGUGUUUGGUAAAAAUAUCAUACACAAUAUUUUCUACAGUUUGGCUGUUUACGUGAAUUUUUUCAAGGUUAUUUGGUGACCGAGCACCAAGUAGCUUGUACGGCUGUUAUUUUGGCACUCAGUAUUGACACUGCCAAACAAACAGUUGAUCGGUGAUUUUCAUAGUUUUCCAUAGGCAAUUAGUAAAAAAAUCAGUCGGAAAUACAUAUCUGAGAAAAACUGCAUUUGAAAAUAGUGUUAUUAGUGAAAUUUUCUAUAGUUAUACGAAUUGUUGAGGAAUUCUUCAAGGAGUAUAUUCUAUAGUGGUGGCCAGGUCAUAUUUAAUUCUAUCUUUAUUUCAGCUGCAGUAAUUUUUGAAUUUCAGCAAGUUCUGACUGUUAGUAUACACUUUCAGUAAUUACAGGUUGUUUGUAAUUUGUGUAUUUGUUUUAUUAUCUUUAGCCAUAGCAGGUAUUUACAAUGGCUGAAGGAGGGAAAGAUACCGGUGAGACUGGAUUAGAUAAAGACUCUUCUUUAUCUGAUGCUCAGUUGAAGCAGAUUUUAGAUGCACUUAAGAAGAGUGGUGAUUAUGUUGUUUUAACUAAAGAUGAGUUUGCAUCUUUACAGAAACCAGGAUUUACUAGUACACCUAACCCUACAGGUGCUAGAAAGAAACUUGCAGAGGUUAUUAAAGAGUCAAGAACACAGCCAAUUGAUAAUUCUCUGAAUGUUUCACAAUUUCAGGUUCCCAAAUAUGAGACGCCAAAGCUACCUUAUUUUUCAGGUGAUCAACCACCUUUGAAGGGUGAUGAAUCCUAUGAUGUAUGGAGAUUUGAAACAAAGUGUUUGAUUUCAGAAAAUUUACCUGAAAAUGUUAUUUUACAGGUUAUUCGCAGAUCUUUACGUGGUACUGCUAGACGUACUCUUAUUUCAGUUGGUGAACAUGCAUCAAGUAAAGAUAUUUUAGAUAAACUUGACAUUCUUUUUGUUGAAGUUUCAACAAAUGAAUCUGUCAUGCAGACUUUUUAUAAUGCUUCUCAGAAAGUUUCAGAGAAUGUGACUGCAUAUGGAUGCAGACUAGAGGCUUUAUACAAGUUGCAGUGGAGAGCGGUCAUGUUAGUUCUGUUGCUAGAAAUGAUAUGUUGCGUUCCAAAUUUUGGACAGGUUUACGUGACGAGAAGCUGA